CCUAGUGGGCGCAGAAUGAUGACGUCACGUGGAUUGCUGGUUGGCAGGAACUACACUGUAGCCAACAUGGAAGGGAGGAAUAUGUCAGACUUGGGACACACAGGCUCUGCAAAGGAUAUGUUGGGAGACGAGUGCUACACUGAUUUUCUGAGAGACGAUUUUGAUGUUAAAACAUAUACUUCUCAAUCCAUCCAUCAAGCCGUGAUAGCUGAACAGCUAGCAAAACUUGCUCAAGGCAUUAGUCAACUAGAUAAAGAGCUUCAUGUACAGGUCGUUGCCAGACAUGAAGAUCUUUUGGCUCAAGCAACAGGAAUUGAGUCUUUAGAAGGUGUUCUCCAAAUGAUGCAGACUAGAAUUGGUGCCUUGCAAAGUGCAAUUGAUAGAAUUAGAGCAAAAAUUAUUGAUCCAUACAACAAGAUUGUGUCGCGGACUGCACAGCUGGCACGUUUACAGUCCGCUUGUGAUUUGCUUCGGAGAAUUAUACGCAUUUUGUAUCUCAGCAAGAGACUUCAAGGUCAACUGCAGGGGGGGAGUAGAGAGAUCACCAAAGCUGCUCAAAGCCUGAAUGAGCUGGAUUAUCUUUCGCAAGGAUCGGAUCUGUCAGGGAUAGAAGUGAUUGAAAAUGACCUUCUGUUUAUUGCUAGAGCUCGUCGGGAAGUGGAGAACCAAGCGAAACGUUUGCUGGAGCAAGGAGUUGAAACCCAGAACCCCACUCAAGUAGGCACAGCACUUCAAGUUUUCUACAACUUAGGAGCGUUGAAAGAGAUCAUUACUACUGUUGUGGAUGGUUAUUGUACUAGCCUCGAUGAAAACAUCAACACUGCCUUAGAUAUCAAGUUUUUAACUCAAACAUCGCAAGCAGUCCAAAGAGGAGCACCUGGGCGGGCAGCUAUGCCACAACCUGGAAAUACUGCGGCUUUCCGUGCUGCUCUGUGGACAAAUAUGGAGAAACUCAUGGACCAAAUUUAUGCUGCCUGUGUUCAGGUUCAGCAUCUUCAGAAAGUCUUAACGAAGAAGAGAGAUCCAGUGUCACAUGUUCGUUUUAUUGAUGAAAUCGGAAAGGAUGGACAAGCAGAUAUUCUAUACACAUUCUGGAAUUCCGUUACUCAUAUACUUUCAUCUCAGUUUAAGAAGGCAACAAACUCAUCCACAUUCCUGAAACAGGCUUUUGAAGGUGAAUACCCAAAGCUGCUGAGACUGUAUAAUGAUUUGUGGAAGCGUCUGCAGCACUAUAGUCAGAAUUUACAAGGCUCCUUCACAAGCGCUGGAAGUUCUGAUCUUGUUCCUGAGUUACAACCUAUAGAAGAUGAUGCGCAGGACAUUCUAGUGGUUAAGAAACUUGAUCAUGAUAAAGAAAAAACAUUGAAAGAUUCACUGCAACCUUACGAAGCAGCUUACCUGUCUAAAUCCCUUUCACGACUUUUUGAUCCCAUCAAUCUGGUCUUCCCAACUGGAGGUCGUAACCCCCCUUCUGCUGAUGAGGUAGACAGCAUCAUUAAAACCAUUGCAAGUGAAAUGAAUGUGGCAGCUGUGGAUCCACACCUCUGCUCAGCUGUUGCCAAAAAUGUAGCCAAGACCAUACAACUCUAUGGUGUGAAAUCAGAGCAACUUCUUUCCACACAAGGAGAAGCAAGCCAAGUGAUUGGACCACUCACUGAAGGGCAAAGGAGAAAUGUAGCAGUAGUUAAUUCUCUCUUUAGACUGCAUCAAUCUAUCCAGAAGCUUUUAUCGAGUCAGAGUUCACUUGCUGCAGCUGCUGAACAAACGAUUUCUGCAUCUCUACAGAUCAUUUAUAACCUCAUGGGAAGUGCCAUACAGCCUCUGCUUAAUUCUGUUGGUGAUUCUGUUGAGUCCAUUAUUAUAACUAUGCAUCAAGAAGACUUUUCAGGAGAACUGUCCAACUCUGGAAAACCAGAUGUUCCUUGCUCUUUGUACAUGAAAGAAUUACAAGGAUUCAUUGCAAGAGUCAUGAAUGACUAUUUCCGACACUUUGAGUGUUUAGAUUUUGUAUAUGACAACACUGAAGCAAUCGCGCAGAGAGCAAUAGAAAUUUUUGUGCGUAAUGCAAGUUUGCUAAGACCACUCGGUGAAGGUGGAAAAAUGAGACUUGCUGCGGACUUUGCACAGAUGGAAUUAGCUGUGGCUCCAUUGUGCAGAAGAGUCGCAGACCUUGGGAAGUCAUAUAGGCUGUUGAGAUCAUUCAGGCCUUUGCUCUUCCAGACCAGUGAGCACAUUGCCAACAGUAUUUCCAUAGGAGAUAUUAUACCUUACAGCAUCAUUCUCCAGUUCCUCUUUACAAGGGCACCCCCAGAACUGAAAUCUCCAUAUCAGAGAGCUGAAUGGUCAGUUGCUCGUUACUCGCAGUGGUUGGACGAUCACCCAUCUGAGAAGGACAGGCUGGCUCUUAUCAGAGGUGCAAUAGAAGCAUAUACACAGUCUGUGAAAGCAAGAGAAGGCAAAGAGUUUGCUCCAGUUUAUCCUAUCAUGGUCCAACUGCUCCAAAAAGCAACAUCAUCUGUGCAGUAGAAAUUUCUACACCUGACAAAGAGUGAAUCUAAAAGCCCUAGCAGUAAUGUUUUUUGGAUAUGGUAAACGUAGACAUUAAAAUUCCCAAUCUUAUUUCUAAUAUAUUUAAUCAGGUAUUUUUGUAUCAAUAAGGCUUAGGU